AUGGGUUUCGGAAAUGCAGGAGCUCUUGUGAUUCUUGUGGCCAUAUCCAUGUUUGGCAUUGGAAUGACCAACAAGAAUUUCAGUGCAAAUUGGAAUGGAAACUGGAAUCACACUGCAGGCUGGCCCUAUGGACACUGGAAUGCAGAUCAAACUUCGAAAAGAAUAAUUGUUGGCGGUUCCGAUAAUUGGCAUUUUGGGUUUAAUUAUACUGAUUGGGCUAUCAAAUAUGGCCACUUUUAUUUGAAUGACACACUCGUAUUCAAGUUUGAUCCCCCAAAUGACACCACAUUUCCUCACAGUGUUUACCUUUUGCCAAAUAUCUGGAGUUUUCAGAACUGUGAUUUGAAAAGUGCACAGAAGAUUGCACAAGUGACUCAAGGAGGAGGAGAAGGUAUUGAGUUUGUGCUUAAGAUAUGGCAGCCUUAUUAUNUUGAGUUUGUGCUUAAGAUAUGGCAGCCUUAUUAUUUUGCUUGUGGUGAACGCAACGGAUUUCAUUGCAAAAAUGGGAUGAUGAAAUUUGCCGUUUGGCCAUUGUUCCGUCGGUAUUAA